AUGGCCCCUGCCCACCCAAAGACGUACAAGGCAUAUGCUUUCCUCGAGAAGGGCGGGCCCCUGAAGCCCAUCGUCGUCGACUGGAAGGACCCGGCACCCGGAGAGGUUGUUGUGAAGGUCCUCGCAUGUGGAGUCUGUGCCAGUGACGAGAUGGUCAAAGGGCAAUUCUUCCCGACCCAAGCCUACCCCCGCGUGCCGGGUCACGAGAUCGUCGGGGACGUCGUCGCGGUGGCUGACGGCGAGAAGUCCUGGAAGACCGGCGACCGCGUCGGCGCAGGCUGGCAUGGCGGCCACUGCAAUUCCUGCCGACGCUGUCGCAUCGGCGACUUCGUGACAUGUCCCGUCGGUGCUGCCUGCCCAACAGGCAUUGGCAGGGACGGAGGGUACGCGGAAUACGCCACGCUCAGGUCCGAGUCGCUUGCUAGCAUCCCUACGGACCUGGACCCCGCCGAGAUCGCACCACAGCUGUGCGCUGGUGUGACGACGUUUAACGCUCUCCGACACAUGCAGAGUACACCGCCGGACAUCGUGGCCGUUCAAGGCAUCGGCGGCCUCGGCCACCUCGCCAUCCAAUUCGCGCGCAAGAUGGGGUUCCGCACCAUCGCGCUCUCCACGGGCACGAGCAAGAAGGAGCUAGCCCUCUCCCUCGGCGCGCACGACUUCAUCGCGGGCACCGCCUCAGAGCAGGCGGCCGCGCUCCAGAAGCUCGGCGGCGCGCGCCUCAUCAUGUGCACCGCGCCCGACACGCAGGCCAUGAGCGAGCUCAUUAACGGCCUCGACUACGACGGCGAGCUCCUCGUGGUGGCGGUUGCUGCGUCUGCUAUUGCAGUGCCUGUCCCGCCCCUGUUGACCAAGCGCGUGGUGAUCCGUGGAUGGCCAUACGGCACUGGCUCGGAUUGCGAAGACACGGUGCACUUCGCUCGGGCCCACGACGUGAAGGUCAUGGUUGAGAAGUUCCCUCUCGACCAGGCACAGGAAGCGUUCGACCAUCGCGCCACUGCCCGGUUCCGCGCUGUCAUCGUCCCAUGA